UCGUCUUGGGUGAGGAGGUCGCACCGGAAGUGGCUGUGCCGCGCGCUCGGUGUUGGUAGGAAGCUGCUAGGGGAGUUUAGUCACUCAAGGGGGCGCGGCACCACUGGGCGUUAUUCACGGCCCCCUGCAGCAGCCAUGGCGAAAGGACGUGUCGCCGAGCGAACGCAGACAGGGCCGCUGCACUCGACCCCGGCCGGGGACCCGGCAACCGGCACGCGGGUUUCCACCACGCCAGGCAGCAGAGACCACCUGAAGGACAAACCUUGUGCAGAAGCUGGGUCAGCAAGAAUGUCACUCCUUAUACUGGUGUCCAUUUUCUUAUGUGCAGCAUUUGUUAUGUUUUUGGUAUAUAAAAAUUUUGCUCAGCUUAGUGAAGAAGAAAGAGCGAACAUGAAGGUUCCAAGAGAUAUGGAUGAUGCCAAGGCUUUAGGAAAAGUUCUCUCCAAAUAUAAGGACACCUUUUAUGUACAAGUAUUGGUUGCUUAUUUUGCUACAUAUAAUUUCUUGCAAACAUUUGCUAUUCCAGGUUCCAUAUUCCUCAGUAUACUCUCGGGGUUUCUUUAUCCCUUUCCACUAGCCUUAUUCCUUGUCUGUUUGUGUUCUGGACUUGGUGCCUCAUUCUGCUACAUGCUCUCCUAUUUAGUUGGAAGACCUGUUGUAUACAAAUACCUAACAGAGAAAGCAGUAAAAUGGUCGCAGCAGGUAGAGCGUCAUAGAGAACAUCUCAUUAACUACAUUAUAUUUUUGAGAAUCACACCAUUUCUGCCUAACUGGUUUAUUAAUAUUACAUCUCCUGUGAUAAAUGUGUCAUUGAAAGUGUUUUUUAUUGGCACUUUUCUAGGUGUUGCACCUCCCUCUUUUGUAGCAAUAAAGGCAGGAACAACUCUGUAUCAGCUUACGACAGCGGGGAAGCUGUUUCCUGGAACUCAGUAUUUAUUCUAAUGGUUUUGGCUCUUCUCUCUAUUCUGCCAGUCAUCUUCCAGAAAAAA